AUGUCCGUAACACAUACCGUUCUCUUCCAGAUCAAGGCCGAUGCCGAUGCUGAUGAUGUGAAGGCCGCUUGCGAUCGCUUCAUUGCGCUCAAAGACAGCUGCCUCCACCCCACAAGCAAUACACCCUAUAUCAAGACGAUCAAAGGUGGUAAGGACAACUCACCAGAGGGGCUCCAGAAUGGCAUCACCCACGGCUUCGUGGUUGAGUUCUCCUCGGCGGAGGACAGAGACUACUACGUCUCGACCGACCCUUCUCAUCAGGAUUUUUUGAAGAGCAUCGGCGCUUUGGUAGAGAAGGUCAUCGUGGUAGACUUUGUUGACGGUCUGUACUAGGUAUCGACCUGUUGUGUCUUCUAGGUUGUCAGGCUUUUGGAUGGCUUAGCUCCAAAAAGCUUGCGAGUAGAAAUUUCACGGUGUAAACUUUUUCUGUGCAAAGCCUAAAUCACCACAUCAUCCCUGUGAUCAUAGUCUUCCAAAGUACCACGGUGCGAUAUAAGCUUUGUAUCCACUUACAGUACUGAGAGGCUUCAUGAUCUGUCAC